AUGUCCGGAGAAACUGUCAUGUGCAAGACUGAGUACCUGGGAACUGAUCAGGAGAGUCUUCAUCAUGCCCAGCAGCAUCAAACCAAUCUGGACUCGGUGUUUAAGAUACUGGAGGGAAACAUUAUCACUUUUGUGAAGAACGAACUCAAGAAGAUGCAGAAUGAUCUGAAUCCAGAUUAUUCAGAGUGUCAGAGGGAUGAAGAGGAGGUGUUGGACAGUGAAGAAGAGAAGCAGAGAAGGAGCAGCAGAGAGGCAUUUCUGAAACUUGCAGUUAACUUCCUGAGAAUAAUGAAACAGGAGGAGCUGGCUGACUGUCUGCAGAGCAGAAACCUGAUCUUCUAUGAAUCAGACCUGACAGAGUGUGGCAUUAAUGUCAGAGAAGCCUCAGUGUACUCAGGAGUGUUCACACAGAUCUUUAAAGAAGAGAGAGGGCUGUACCAAGAGAAGGUUUACUGUUUCGUCCAUUUGAGCAUUCAGGAGUUUUUAGCUGCUCUUCAUGUCCAUCUGACAUUCACCAACUCCGGUAUCAACCUGCUAGAAGAAGAACAAAUGGCCUCAGUGCAGACUGACAAAUUUUCAGUAAGACAGUUCUACCAGAGUGCUGUGGACAAGGCCUUACAACGUCCAAAUGGACAUCUGGAAUUGUUUCUUCGCUUCCUCCUUGGUCUUUCACUGCAGACCAAUCAGAAUCUCUUACAAGACCUGCUCACACAAACAGGAAACAGCACACAGAUAAAUCAGGAAACAGUUCAUUAUGUUAAAGAAAGAAUGAACGGCACUCUCUCUCCAGAGAAAAGCAUCAAUCUGCUUCUCUGUCUGAAUGAAUUGAAUGAUGACUCUAUAGUGAAGGAGGUCCAGCAUCAACUGAGUUCAGGACAACUUUCUAAAGUUGAUCUCUCUCCUGCUCAGUGGUCAGCUCUUGUCUUCAUCCUCCAGUCAUCAGAAGCAGGUCUGGAUGAGUUUGACUUGAGGAAAUAUUCAGCUUCAGAAGAGGCUCUUCUGCAGCUGCUGCCAGUGGUCAAAGCCUGUAAGAAAGCCCAGUUGAGUGGCUGUAACCUCACAGAGAGAAGCUGUGAAGCUCUUUCCUCAAUUCUAAGUUUCCAGUCCUCCAGACUGAGAGAGCUGGACAUGAGUAACAACAACCUCCAGGACUCAGGAGUGAAGCUGCUUUGUGUUGGACUUGGGAAUCCACACUGUGUGCUGGAAACUCUCAGGUUGUCAGGCUGUCAGAUCACAGGAACAGGCUUCACCGCUCUGGCCACAGCUCUGCGCUACAAUCCCUCCUAUUUGAAAGAGCUGGACUUGAGCUAUAAUCACCCAGGAGACUCAGGAAUGAAGCUUUUGUCUUCUCAACAGCAGGAUCUACAUGUGAAACUGGACAUACUCUGUGUGGAGCCUCAAGGAGUCCAGUGGAUGAGACCAGGUCUAAGGAAAUAUUUCUGUGACCUGACGCUGGAUCCAAACACAGCACACAGGAACCUCAAACUGUCUGACAACAACAAGAAGGUCACACACGUGAAAGAAGACCAGCUGUAUCCUGAUCAUGAUCAUAGGUUUGAUCACUGGGCUCAGCUGCUCUGUACCAACAGUCUGACUGGUCGCUGUUACUGGGAGGUCGAGUGGAGAGGAGAAGUUCAAAUUGGUGUAGCUUGUGAAGGAAUUGGACGGAAAGGAGACGGCGAUGACAGCAGGUUUGGAAGGACGGAUCAGUCCUGGAGUCUCUACUGCAGUAAUGAUGAUGGUUACUUUGGAAAUUCCAAUUACACAUCAAUAGUGAUCGCUGUCCCCUCCUCGAUUGUCUCUCACAAAUUAGCGGUGUAUGUGGACUACCCUGCAGGCACUGUGUCCUUUUACAGUGUCCUCUCUGACACACUAAUCCACCUGCACACUUUCAACACCAAAUUCACUGAAGCACUAUAUGCUGGGUUUCAAUUAAAGUCACCUGGCUCCAGUGUCUCUCUCUGUGACGACUCAGACUAGUGAACUUACUGCGACAAGACACAUUCUCACAUUGGUGUGGAGCACCCAAAUUUAGUAAUACAUGUACAAUGACAAUAAAGAGCUAUUCUACUCUUUUGAGCUUCAUUUGUGUACCAAAAAUGCUUCUAGAUAAAUGAUGA